CACCACAACGACAAGGUAGUAAAAUUUGAUCGCCAAUUCAGAAUCCAUUAUCCUUCCGUAGAAGGAAACCUCUUCACGACGCCAUUAUUGAAGCAGGCCGAUCGCGACCGAGGUUUUUCGAGAUGAAAGGCCAUGGCGCUCUCGAGGUGGCCAAGACGGUCGUCGAGAUCGCAGACGUGGCCUGGACUGCGGUUGAGUCCUGCAAUCACCACAGACAUAGCGAACAUGCCGCUAACUGCGCUCCUGCAGAGGAAGAAGGGCUGGAGGCUCUGCGAUUGGAGAAUCGGAGAUUGAGGAAUUUGCUCGAGAAAAACCUCGACCUCCUUCAGAACCUCUCUGAAUCGCACUGUUUGCUGAAGGAUUGCCCUCCUGAUCUGUACGCUCGUCUCGUUGCGACAGUGGAUUCUGAGAAGUUCUUAAAUGAAAUUAAAUCCCUCAACGAAGCAUCAAAAGAUGGAAUUAGCUAUGAGUUCCCUUUCAGGGAAGCUACAGGAGCUGAUUCGCAUACAGCUGAUAUUCUUGUGAAUGUUAGCCGUGAAGCACCCAGUUGGUGGAUUUGGGUUACUGAAGAUAUGGUUCCGAGCAAAGUCGAGGAAUGGAGUGGGAUUGAUGACGAAAGUUAUGUGAUUGUAUCCGAGGAACAUGUGGUGGAUGCAGUUGCCCAUUUUAUGGCUAGAUGUAUUAUGUCAAACCCAAAAACCCGGAAUGUCACGCCUGAGGUGCUGCAGAAAACAUUAGCAAAAGCCCUGAAUAGUAUGGGCAGCAAAAUGGAGAAGAUGUUUGAAAUUUGGCAUGCUGGGCUACUGUUUUAUACCUUAUCCACUUGGGGACUUGCACUGGCAGGCUUGUACCAGGGUCGUGCUAUGUUGAAACUGGCUGCCACUGGUGUUCACCAUACAAGCAAAGCGGUGAUGAAUGUACUGUGAAGAAGCUAUUUAUAUUCACCAAAUGUAUGAUAUUGUUUGAAGUUCAUUUCGUUUUCGUUUUCUUUUGAUUAUUCGUUCUAUCAAGUGAUGUAAAUAGCUGUCAACAUUUGUUAUGAUAUUGUUUGUUGUUCAUGUCUUCUUGUGAUUACUCGUUGUAUCAAGUGAUGUUGAUUUCCGUUAGAUUUGUAAAUCUUGUACAAUAGCUUCACUCCCAGUUGAAAGUCCAUUGUUUGCUUUUGUGCUA